CAGUGCCUCCCACCAGUGCCCAGCAGUGCUACCCAUCAGUGCCGCCCAUCAGUGCCACCCAGCAGUGCUGCCCAUCAGUGCCCAGCAGUGCAAUCAGUAGUGACCAUCAUUGCUGCACAUCGGUGCCUCCUCAUCAGUGCUGCCUAUCUGUACCACCUCAUCAGUGCUGCCUAUCAGUGCCCAUCAGUGCUGCCUAGCAGUGCAGCCUCAUCAAUGCACAUCAGUGAAGGAGACAAAUUACCUGUUUGCAAAAUUUUAUAAUAAAAACACUUUAAUUUCUUUCCACUUUUUUUGUUUAUAGUGCAAAAAAUAAAACACCCAGUGGUGAUUAAAUACCACCAAAAGAAAGCUCUGUGUGU